AUGACUGAUAAUACUUCAUCAAGACGAAUGGCUAAUUUGAAUCAUAAAAAGCUUUCUCAAGAGCCACCAGUUCAUCUAUUAUCUCCUUCAUCAGCAGUCAAUCAGAUCGUUGUUUCAUCACGUCGUACGAGUAUGCGAUCAACAAGUGGUUCAAGUUCUUCAAAUUCUCGAACUCAACAUACUUCAAAUGGUCAUUCAACAAUUCAAAUGGAGCCUGGCCUUCAAGCAUUGUUUAUUGCCGAAGGUCGUGCUGCCGAAAUGAUUGCAACAGCACGUGCAAAACGCAAUGAAUUAAUGCGACAAUCAAAUCAAGAGAGUCAAGCUGAAAUCGAAGCAUUUCGACAAGAACGUGAAGCUCAAUAUAGAAAAAAAUUACAUGAAGCAACACAACUCGAACAAUUUCAAGCAAAACUUAACAUAGAAAGACAUCAUUUAUUAGGACAGAUGGAAGAAAAUGUCAAAAAAACACGAAAAUCACUUGUCAAUUAUAUUGUUCAUUGUGUUAUUGAUCAAAUUCCUGUUGAACCACAUCCAAAUACAAAACGUAUUAUUUUCUAG